CUAAAUUAUGUAUUAAUAAUAGCAACCCCCUCCAUAACAAUAACAUCGUGAUUAUAAUAUUCCACCACCUGGUAAAUAAUUACAUAUAUCCAAGGUUAUCGUGCUCCCCGUUAUCCAAGAGAAGAGUUGCCUGAGAAUCAAGAAUAAAAUCUAGAUUUAGGAGGUGCCUAUUAAUCUUAUAUAUAUAAUUGUGGAGAGUGUUGUGGUAAUUGUAAAGCUGUCUGUCCUUGUAAUCCUUUUGUUGAAUAUCCAUAUGUCUAAGUUGAAUAAAGCUUUGUUGGUGUCUAUCUACGUUUUGGAAAAUAUAUUAAGACAGGUAAUCUUUUUUAUAUAUCAAUUUAAGUUCAACCUGGGUUAAUUUACAUCAAUCCUUGCACUGAUACAAUUUAAAAAGUUGAUUGUAAAGUUCAAAUGAUUGACUGUCCAAGAUAAUAAGUUAUGACUAAAGACAAUAUUUUAGUCAGCAUUGAUGCAACUGUUUAUUAUAGAAUAGUUAUGCCAAGACGAUCCAUAUUUUAUAUCAAUGAUUUACAUCAAGCUGUUUCAUAAUUGACUCUUGCUACAAUUAAAAGCAUUGCAGGAUCUCAUACUUUAUAAGAUUUAUUGGAAAAAAGAGCAGAAGUUCAAAAACAAAUUGAAUCCUUUGUAGAUGAACAUGUUUGGGAAUGGGGUAUUGAUAUUGAGAACAUGUUAAUUAAAGAUAUUCAAUUAAAUCCUGAUUUAUAGAACACCUUAUCUAUGGCAGCUAAAGAAUAAAGAGCAGCUUAAGCUAAAGUCAUUUCAGCAUAAGGAGAUGUUUAAUCAGCUAAACUUAUGAAAUAAGCUGCAGAACUAUUAGAUUCAAAAGCAGCUAUGUAAAUUAGAUAUCUAGAUACAAUCACUACAUUAGGAUAACAAGGAUCCACUAAAGUAGUAUUGCUUCCAACUGAAUCUAAAUGA